GCUGAAACCAUUCGGAUCAUAUCGGAGAAUUACGAUCGGCUACGUUUGCUUGAAAAUUCGAAUGACAUUGAAACUUACACUGGGCUAUUCCGAUUGAGUAAGCGUGCGCGACCACUAUGGCGGACGAUGAUGAUCCCGUCGAACAUGAGAUUAACGUGUACCUCUCAAAGAGCUUGGCACAAAAUUUAUGCCUAUUUCAGUACCCGGUGCGGCCAGCUCACAUGACGUACGAUUCAGUCGCACACCUGUCUGCUCGGGUCAAGCCGACUCAGAAGAAGGUUGAGCUUGAGCUGAACAUCAACACGCGGAGCCCCAACUACGCCCGGAGUAAAGGGGAACAGAUCGCCCUCAACGUGGACGGAACCUCUGCAACAAGGAAGGGCGAGCGCUUCUAUGGCAGUGACCUGAUGGACAAGCAGGUCCUCACCUCCUCCACAUGCAGCAUGUCCACAAACCGCUACGCAGCAGGAGUCCUCAAGGAUGGUGAGCUGCACCUGACGCCGCUGCACGGGCUGGUGCAACUGCGACCUGGUUUCUCCUACCUGGACCAUGCAGACACCAGGCCCAAACCCGACCUGACAGCUGCUGGCGAUGUGGGAGAUUCGUCCCAGGACGAGAUGGAGGAAGAGGCUAAGCCGGUGACCGUCAAGUUUGCCCGCCAUGAGAGCGAGGAGGCAAAGGCCAGGAGAAUGGCGUCCUAUGAAUAUCUGAAACAGCGGAUGAAUGAAGAGCCAUGGGUACAAGUAGAGUGCCAUGGGAUUGAGGAUAAUAUGGCAGAGUCGGAGCGGUUGUUGCUCUUAGCAACGCAGGGCGAUGACAUGUCAGAGUUCCAGAUGGCAGGAAAAGACUACAUGCAUUGUCUGAUGCCCCCAGCCACAGAGCAGACAGAGGACCAGCCGGCCAUGCCCAACAAUGUGCUGUCUCUUUCCCAGCUGAGGACUCUACCACUCCCAGACCAAGUGCGCACACUCCUCACAAAUGUGAAAGUCCUCCGCCUCGCCCAGCUGCUUGCACUGCUCCCCCAGGGGACGGACCCUGCAGCCGUGCUCCGCUCCCUCCAGCAGGUGGCGGUGCUGGUCCAGGGGUGCUGGGUCGUCAAGAGUGAGGUGCUGUACCCGAAGGAAGCCUGCAGUCCGCACAGCGGCAUCUCCUCCGAGAUCCUGUGUCGCGGCAGGGACUACGUGAUGUGGAAGUUCACCCAGUCCAGGCAUGUUGUCCGCAAAGAUGUGUCCUCUGUGAUAAAGCUACCAGCCGAGGAUGUCAAAGACAUUCUGGAGCAGAUGUCAAAGGUCAAGGCCAAUAAGGGCUGGGAGUUUGUGUGUGAGUUUGACAAGGAGUUCACAGACAGGUACACGGACAUUGUGCAGCGGCAGAAGAUGCUGUGGGAUGCUAAGUACCAGGCCCUCGCCAAGCAGUUCAAGAUUCCCAAAGAUCAAGACAAAAAAGUCAAAGGAACGGAAAUGGAAUCGCCUACCAAGAUUGAAAAACCACGGCGCCGGAGAACAUCAUCCAAAUCAUCUCCACGCCAACGGACACUAAGUGGGCGGUCUGUCUCGGAUCAGAGUGAUAUUGAAAUGGAACCUGCAUCCAAACCUGGCAGUCUUACAAGGGAGGUAACUCCUGUAAUGACAGAACCACUGGUGAUCCACGAGGAGAUCCACGACUCUGCUUCAAACAUUGCAGAACAAAUGGAAGUCUCUGAAUCCGACCAUGUGACACAAAAUGGUCCAAUCAGUGAUGACACAAAUACCAGUGAUACUAAUAAUUUAACCAAUGGUAUUAGUACUGAACUACGAGAAGAACUGUUGUCAUUCAUGGCUAAUUUAUUACGGACUAGAAAAGUGUUUACACAUAGUGAAAUGAAACGACUCUUCGCCCUGAAACUUCAGAUGUGUCCACCAGGGCACGUGUUGGGGUCGGGGGUGUCAGAGAAGUUGCUGGAGGAUGUUGUUGUGGAGGCUGGAGGCAUGUCAAUAGAUAACCAGUGGCCUCCUAACACGAAGCCGGAGCCAAUCUAUGCUCUUGUCAAAGUGGGGGAUGAAAGCGAUGGGGUAAGGAAGGUCCUGUUUGAUAUGUUCCGUGGAAGCUGCCGAGUGAAGACAAGUGCUUUCAAGAAAAAGAUUUUGGAAUUCACUGGGAGUGAACAGUCUGACAUUAACUGUAGAACACUGCUCAGGGAAUACUGUGAGACACGUGGAGCACUGUGGUACUUAAAGGGGGCGUGUCCAGACUCAUGAUGAAGGGCAGCUCCUUUGCUGGGAGCAUUGUCAGCUAAUCCUGUGAUGUCAGCAUAAACAUUCCUGCAGCCAACUGUGGAGCCACCUGUCACCAUCUUCAACGUGUUGAGCCACCACUCUCAACAUGUGGAGCCACAGCUCUCAACAUGUGGAGCCACUACUCUCAACAUGUGGAGCCACAACUCUCAACAUGUGGAGCCACCACUCUCAAAAUGUGGAGCCACAACUCUCAAAAUGUGGAGCCACCACUCUCAACAUGUGGAGCCACCACUCUCAACAUGUGGAGCCACCACUCUCAGCACGUGGAGCCACCUGCCUUUAUCUCCAACACAAGCCUUGAGUUAACACUCAGCCCUAUAGAUGUCUGUUACAUGCAUUAAAUGUUAUGUUCUGUAUCUCCCUCGGAAUUGUAUAAGAAUAAACAAGUAAUUUUUAUGACAACAAAACCUGGGCCCUCACAUGCAUACGACAGUAAAGCUAGCAUGAGGGACAAAUACUCCAAUACUGAAAUCUGUAAAUCAUCUUUUUCCCCACUGAAAUGUCUUGUUGUAUCAUUGGUACAUCAUUCCUCGAUACAAGGUGAAUUUGGUAUGCACACCCAAUACAUAGCUCUGAUGGUAGUCAGUAUUGAAGGGACAAGGUUAUUUUGUGUCAAAUGUGCUGGUCAAUCUGUCCAUCACAUGGAAGGUUUGUAACCUCAGUCUUCAUUAUGAGGCCUGCAGUCAGUAUCUGCUUCCCGUAUGGCCGUAGAAUCGUGCUUAAGGUGUUGCUGUGUGGAAGCAGGUACUGAGAGUUGUCUGAUCGUGUGACAAGUACUCUCUAAAUACAACACAGCACAGAUUGGUGAAUCAAUAUUAAUUUGAGGACUAACGAGACUAGUCACAGAUUGGGAACCCGCACGCAGGACUAGUGGAGUGCUGAAAUCCACAAGCCAUUUGCUAUCCACUGCUCUGCCAGCAGCCUUGUCCUCAGUAUAGACACCUCAGUUCCGUUAGGGGCAGUUGGGUAGCCUAGUGGUUAAAGUGUUCGCCUGUCACAUUGAAGGCUCGGGUUCAAUUCCCCACAUGGGUACGAUGUGUGAAGCCAAUUUCUGGUGUCCCCUCGCCUUGACAUUGCUGGAAUAUUGCUUAAAGCGGCAUAAAACCAUAGUCGCUCAGCUGCAUUAUUUUACAAUCAGGCCAGAUGUCUUAAGGUGCUGCUAUUCGCUGUGCAGAGUUGAGUAUUCUAGAUGUGCCUAAAACCUACACCCCCUGCCUAUGUUUCAAGUCAGCACCACACUCCUGCUUUCACCAAAGAAUACCUGCAUCAUGGGAGGCUUUCCUCCGCAUGAAACUGACAUGCCGGGAUAUGAUUGAAAUACCAGUCAUUAAACCAAACUUACUAUCUGACAAGGGCGGUCAGUGAGCCUUGUGGUUAAAACGUUGACUCGUGACACUAAAUACCUGGGUUUGUUUUCCAUCAUGGGUACAAUGGGUGAAGUGCAUUUCUGCUGUCCCGUCGUGAUAUAGCUGGACUUUUACUAAAAGGGGCGUAAAGCCCAACUCACUCACUCACUCACUCACUCACUCACUCACUCAAUGCAUCUGACAACCAUAUUGUGUUGUGAUUGGCUCUGAAUUCUUUGUUAGUGAGAGCUAGUAUUUGUGGUUAUGACCAUGUUUGCAAUAUUUAUGACUUCUCACUGUACUCUCACGUUAGGCUACUGCAUGACAUACCUGAAAUAAUGUCCAAUCAUUGUUAAGUCCCUCUCUCUCACUGCUGGUGCAGGACAUAAUAACCCAUCAUGCACGUCGAUGUACGGAUAAGCUGUAAUCAAUGUACAAUACAUUCACAGCAUCUGUCAAACCUUGAACGAGAGUCGUGACAUAUGUUGUGUAACAAUGAGAUGUUGUUUCCAUGGAAACGGGAUGAGCCUUACAUGUGUCACAAGUGAGGUGUGCAGGAUUUUACAAACUGACUAGGCUGAUACGCCAUGAGAACAAACAUGACACAUUACAGAUUUGUUCUUACAAGACUUAAUUUUUGAUGUGACUUCCAUCAGACUCUCCAUGGUAACUCAAAGGACGACCAUGGUCAUUUGUGACGUGACCAGCAUGUCACAUCAAACAUAAUGAGGUCAUAAUAAUUACAAAGGCUGGACAGCCAGCUUGUAUGGAUUUUACAAAAACUUGACUUGUCAGUCAGAUAGGUAGAUUGUCUCGGGAGUAUUGGUUAUUCCUAUUGGUUUCCUGUUGGCUGCAAGGAUGUCCCAAGCAACCUUAUAUGUACAGAUAUUUUGUACACCCUUUGUACUCAAAGAAAUAAAACAAUGAAAGUAUU